UUAACCUUUAAUGUUAUUUGCGCGCGAUGCGCAUGCUCAUUGCAUCUUGUCCUCCUGCUUGCCGUAGAAAGCGAAAUUCUUCUCGGUGAUAUGUCAUACGUAAAACUGGUGUCGCUGUGUGCUGCAGCUCCAGGGCUGACUACUCUGCUGAGCGGCUCGGUUCUGGCAGCAGGUGACGGGAAGAAGAAAACCCCAUUGCGGACUGUAAGCCUCGAUGAGCUGCCGUCCUUGUACACCUCACCUGAAGCAGAGCCUCUACACGUAGCAUCAGAGGACGGGCCCCUGGAGCAGUACGUGUCAUCAGCGAGAAAAUGGGCAGAGCCGUACACGAACCAGUGUCAGACAAAGGUCCAGGCUGCAGUGGACAGAGUUGAGCAAGUUUACCGGACUGUUGAGCCCACAAUCAACACGUCUGUCACAACAGUCACAGAUGUCUACCAGUACCUCAGUAACCCUCCCCCCGACCUCUAUCCCAGUGUGGCAGUGGUGGCUUUCUCUGGGUUCUUUGGACUUUAUCUGGCUAAAGGUUCUAAGGUAAACCGACUCUUAUUCCCACUUGGACUUAUGGCUGUGACUGCGUCCAUGUUUUAUCCCCGGGAGGCUGCAUCCAUAUUAAAGGUGAGUCGAGACUAUGGCUACACCUGGGCCGAGCAGGGCCGCACAGCCUUGGAGAACGUAUGGAAAGAUCCUCCUCUGGGAAAGAAGAAGGAGAAGGAGCAAUCUGAGGGCACCGACACAACCAGCUGAGACACACUCCACCACCAUGGACUCUUCCACUGAGAUGCACUGAUUGCUCCAGUAGAAAACACUCAGACUGGCUUUGAAGUUUCUUUACCAUCAAGCUGUUUUGUUUGAAUUCCUGUUGUUUAUGUAUUUAAUUAUUUUUGCUACUUUGGAGCAGAUGGACAUAUUUGACAAAUCACUAAUCUGUGUAACAUGAACUGCAAUGCAUCAUAUAGUGUUAAUGAAUCUCAAAAACCCGAACAUUGGUCAUGGACUGAAAAUGCCAGCAACCGGCAACUGAUUCAAACAUUCACAACUGUGAUAAGUAGUUACUUUCCUUGUUGUAAUUCAUAACUCAUUUAUUGAAAGACAACUGAGAGGCAGAAAUGUGAAGAAUUAUUAAGUGUGCGUUCACUUUAUGCAAGGAUGUAUCUCAGACACCUGUUCCCAGGUUGGGACCAAAGCACAUGUCAGUGUUAUGUUUAAACUGUCUGUCUAAUAAAUGAGCAAAACUA